AUGGCGGGGGUUGCAGCAAAGCGGGCGGGCAAAAAGUCCCUUGACUUUUGCCUGCAGCAGGUGGGCUUGUGGAGGGUCCAGUCAGAAGCGCGCCGUCAGUCGCCGCCGCGCCAAGCGCCCAACAGCCAGCAGACCCUCCGCGUCAGGAAGGGCUCCCUGAUUCACCUUUGGGUUGCUCGGCUUUUGUUACUGCUCGAUUCUGACAGCCGCUGCAUACACACUUUCGAAGCCCCUUCCGAAUCCCAUCUUCACGUUCUGGGUUACGGGACAAGUCGAGAAUCUCACCCUCCCUCCUCAUCCGUCACCCCUCCUGAGACCCCCGCCAGCCGCCGCCGCCGCCGCCUCUCCGCCGAAACGAACCAGAACAACCGCGCGUCCGCCCUCUCCACGAUACGAAGCCACAUCGCGAACGACGGUCCUGCUCCCCUUCAGGCGUCCACCGUCUCGACCUCCCUGGCCUCCCUCCCCAAGCUCCUGCGGCCCCCCACCAAGAAACCAAAUCUCCCCCAUUCCAAGGCCCACGGCGCUAAAAGAAAACAACACUCGGCACUCGGCGAUACAACCACCAUGUCCGACGAUCACGGUGCUUCUCCGCGCGAGCUCCUGAUGGAGGCCUGCCGGCGCAACAACACGUCGCUGCUGGAGGAGGUGCUGGCGGAGCUAUCCGCGGCCGGCGGCGAGAAGGCGGCAGAGCACGUAGCCAAGACGCUGAACGACGCGCGCGACGGCGUCGGCAACGGCGUGCUGCACUUGGCCGCGACCAACGGAGCCUACGACGUCCUAGACAUCCUGCUCGACCAGGAAGGCCUCGAGAUCGACGAGCCGGACCGGAUGGAGAAGGACACGCCGCUGCACAAGGCGGUGCGCUUCGUCAACGCGCUGGCCAAGGACGAGUGGGAGAAUGGCGCGCACGUCGUCGACAUACUCGUCGACGCCGGCUGCGACCCGCGGAUACGCAACAAGGCCAAGCUGCGCCCCUUUGACCUCGUCGACCCCCGCAACCAGGAGCUGCGCAAGAUGCUGCAGCGCGCCGAGUUCGCCAUGACGGCCGGCGGCGACGUCGUCGAGGAGGAUGACGACGAUGGCCCCACUGGCAGCGGGAGCGACAGCGAUUGA